CGGCGCACGCCCCCGCCCCCCUCCGGCUUGGGCGCUGGGCACCGGCCCCUCUGCAGAAAAGCAAACUCAAGCUUCUGCCACACGGAGCAGAGCAAGAGGACUCGACCCCGUUCAUCGUGCUGACCCUGGUCUCUGUCGUGGCCAUGGUUGGGGUCCUCCUGGCCUCUGGUGUCAUCUACUGUUUGCGCCACACCUCCCACUCCCGGCUGCAGGAGAAGCUCUCGGACCUGGGGGAGCACCCCGGCCCAGAUGCCACCAAUGCCUACCAGGAGCUGUGUCGGCAACGCAUGGCCGUGCGCACGUCCGAGCGCCCGGAGGCCCCGCACACGUCCCGCAUCAACAGCGUCUCGUCCCAGUUCAGCGACGGGCCGAUGCCCAGCCCAUCCGCACGGAGCAGCACGUCGUCCUGGUCCGAGGAGCCCGUGCAGUCCAAUAUGGACAUCUCCACUGGCCACAUGGUCCUGGCCGCCAUAAGGAACCACCGCAAACUGGCGGCUUUAACAGCAGAAACGGGCUUCCUACCGUCCUGGAGGCUGGAGCCCAAGAUCCAGGAGCCACAGCAGCGUGGGAAUCUGAUGGAUCACGACCCUAGGAACCCGGCUUACAUCGCCACCCAGGGACCACUGCCUGCCACCGUGGCCGACUUCUGGCAGAUGGUGUGGGAGCGUGGCUGUGUGGUCAUCGUCAUGCUGACGCCCCUCUCGGAGAACGGCAUCCGACAGUGUUACCACUACUGGCCCGACGAAGGCUCCAACCUCUACCACGUCUACGAGGUAAACCUAGUCUCCGAGCACAUCUGGUGUGAGGAUUUCCUCGUGAGGAGCUUCUAUCUGAAGAACCUUCAAACCAACGAGACGCGCACGGUGACUCAGUUCCACUUCCUGAGCUGGUAUGACCAGGGAGUGCCUUCCUCCGCGAGGUCCCUCCUGGAUUUCCGCAGGAAGAUAUUGACAAGGCAAAAAAGGGGGAAAUUUAAGAUGGAAGCUUGGAUUGUCCAUUGGAUUCGGUGAUAACGGUGGUCAGCACUGGCUGUUGCAUGGUGGUGAAGAAUGAGCAGCCACCAAGCGAGGCAGGCGUUGAGCAGCAUGAUAACUGAGCUCUCCGUUCCGUAGAGCCCCUCUUAACGUUUAACGGAUUGGAAACCUGCCUGAUCACAAAAGCAGACAGAGAUCCAAAACAACGAACUAAGAAAUAAAAUGCACCUUAAUCCAGCAUUGUACCCAAUCACAGAGUGAUUUGUAUCUGAACAGUUACCAUCCUUGAGUCUCUGGCUAUGUAACUCGAGACAGUGGGGUUUCAGGCUGAUCUCUGCAUUUCUUUAAUUUGUGUGUUAGACAUUCUCAAGGUUAUUGUGAUACUAUUUCUCUUGCCUUUUAGUCUACUUUGAAAAGCAAAACAGAAUUUUUGUUUGAAUAGUUCUUUGGAUCAAAUAGCGUGUGAAAGAGCUCCCGGAGAGACGGGCACAUGGCAUCUCAGCCAUGGCGCACGUUUGCUGACCUCGCCCAGAGAGGCCGAGCGCACAUGAUGCAUCGAGUCCUGAACGCACCGCAAAGCACUGACUACACACAGUUCCCUCCCAAUCCACCCCCACGUCCUGGCUGUCAGAUACCUUUCCUUAAUACAAAUUUAUGCCUAAAGACAGGCUAUCUAAAAAUCUGACCUAGGGCGCAUUUCCUGAGAUAGAGUCUUCGAGAAACAGCCGUUACUGGCAAAAUGGAUGUGGCUACACAGGUAGCAGAUCGUCCUAACCCCCGUCUUUACGCUCAUCCAGUGGGUUUGUGCAUAUAUGCAUAUGGGCGUACGUCGAAAUCCAUAUCCAUAUAUGGAACUGAACAAUACACAACCAGCCGUCUGUGCUUACAACCUGUCCUGAAGAAACACGGACUCCCAAAGUUCCCUUUCCCCAGAGGCUUAGGAGAUAAGGCUCCAGAGGUUUUUGUUCAGUUGAAAUUUGCAAGUCCAUCAGAAUCAAAAGCUUUGCUGGCUUGCCUGACUCGGCACCGCCCAGUUUUCCAGACCUGGCAGCCACCUGUCGUGCGCUCACUGGACGGUGGGCACGAGCGAUCGCGUUCUCGGGAGCAUCACUCUCGGGCACGGACUGCCGCUUUGGGGUUUUCUGGGUAAAAGAGCCACCCAAAGUUCAGCAAUUGGGAAGAGGCUUCGGCUUCCGAAGACAGUGGUCGCCUUACGCACAGGUCUCCCCCUCCCCCCACCCCAACCCCGACCCGGACCCCGAACACUUGCCCAGCCUUCCCCCACUCUGGCCAGGGUGCGUCGGGCACGGAGACGUGUAAUUACAGACUUCUGGAGCCCAGAGGGAGCACAUUUCCACUCUAAAGAGAAGCUGCAAAAACCAAGAGAUAAUUAGCAUCACAUGUGAGGGCUUUGCUUUUAAAAACUCUCUCUCUGUCUCUGAGUCUCUCCCUUCUUGCUGUGGGCAACGGCACUCACAACGCUGAUCCCUGUAGAAACGGACAGACCCUUACUUUGCCAGCUACGAGCGGUGGCCAGUGUCAUUUUUGUGAUGUUGCAGCUAGUAAUAUGAGCCCAGUUGCAUAGUCACAAAAGUGAUCAUUGGAGGCUGUGAUUCUGCUGCAGGGCAGUGGGGGAAAAAGCCCCUUUUCCGAGCCUCUCACGACCUCUGACCUUUGCUUGCUGUUGGUCGCAUGGCGGUUCCUUCUCACUCAGUGACCCGGGGGUUGGUUUGUAUUACUAAUCGUUCUUUCUCGUGAAUUCCUCCUGUUGAAAUAUAUAUAAUAUCCAUUUUCCUGAAUGUUUGCAAUCUCUUGCUGACGGAUGGUUUGUUCUAAUCGAGUCAAACAAGACAGCUGUGUAUUUCUCAUCUUCAUGAAUACUCUGCAUCUCUGUCUUGGGUCAACCAGGUGAACGCUUUUGUGGACUACGUUUCGCUUUUUACUUUUCUAUUUGUGAUGUUUUAUGUUGUAA